ACAAAGAAAAAGGGACUCAUCUUGCCAGCCGUACAAAGAAACGCCAUUGCUUGGGCAAGAACGUUUCAAACGAAGAAGGAAAUCAAGAGGCCGCAAAAGUGCCACGAACACUUCUUGUUUGUUUCAUCGGUUGAUUAUCGCGAUGCCUAUACGUUGACACUUGCAACAUUCCAAAGUGCCCCAUUAGGCCACGCGCAGUCUUUGAACGAUACUAGACAAAAGCCUCCGUUGAAACGCUCGUGCUGACAUAUAAAGAGCACCAGGCCCCUGCCUCGCCAAGUAACAGCGAUUGACAUACAAAUCCCAAAGCAAUAUUUUAUAGUCUUCACUAAUCAUGCGAUACCUAAUCACUAGCAUUCUUCUAACAGCGCUUGCCCUGGCGGCAUACGCACACCCCUUAACCGACCCCACGGACCAGGAGUCCGACAUCGAAACCGUAACCCCAGAGAUCUCCCCCUCCCCGGGCGGUCCCCCUCUCAUCCCAAGCGGCACAGCCGAAGAAAUCAACCCUGCCACCACCUACGACGACAACGAAGACGAAGAUGACUAUCAAUACGAAGACGAAGAUGAUGAUGAAGACUAUGAUACGCCAAGCCUAACCCCCCGCGCCUUCGAAGAAGAAGGCGAAUUCUCACCAAUGGGCAACGGCCACGACCCGCGCAGCUGGUGCCGCCACCGAGAGAAGAAACGGCUCCGCGAACUGACCGUGCGAAAGGGGAUCAAGUACCUCCGGAAUCGGGAACGGGACGGCGACGGGGCGCCGAGUCUCAAGGCGCGCUCGUGCAAGCGGGUGAGCUGCUCGUAUGAUGUUGCCAUUGGGUGGUGUAAUGAUUCCGAUCGGACGAGGGAACUUGCCUCCUAUGUCAAUAUUGCGGAUGGGGCGCAGGCUAUCCUCGACGCGUGUGGCAAAGGUAAAGAGCAUAAGACUGGGUUCAUUGAGGCGGAGCUUAACCAUUUCGAUGACUGGAGGGUGCGCGUCUAUGAGGAUUCUUGCUAG